ACAAUCUUGGAAAUGCAUACCUUACAAGUUUCUUCGUGACUGGAGCAUGGGAUCAUGCCAAAUUACAGCAAUCUCUGAAAGCAUACAAAAAUGCAGAAAAGGACGAACUAAUGAAACUUAGUCCAGACCUCUACUUCAACUGUGCUACGGCUAAUAAGUACCUUGAGAACUAUGAAAGAGCUCUUCAUGGUUUUGAAGCAGCUGCCUUCAAGGAUCCCGGACUAAACGCUGAUAAAGAAGUCAAAAAAAUCGUUGUCCUUCUUGACAAACUUGAUAACUCAUUGAAGGGUCAAGCCGGGUCUAAACGAUUAGCUCCUUUGCUGGCAUCUUUAGGUGAAGUUUCUAUAAUUUCAACGCACAAAAAGGUCAACCUUAACUUCCUAACACAGGGGCUGAACAAAGCAGUUAUGAUUGUUGGAAAAGUACUUCUCUUUGUGAAGCAUGAUGAUAUUGCUCCAUCGUACUAUGUAGUGUGUGAUUCGAAUCAAUGUUGUUUCAUACUUUCAGUUUACGGAGUGCACCAAGAUGCAAUUAAAGAAGGGGAUCGAGUAACAUUAUUAGAACCAUUUUACCGCAUCAAUGAUUUGACCUGGAAACAAAAGCAUUAUCAAUUCAAUUCAAUCCGUGUGGAUUUUGUUGAACAAAUCCUUGUGAAUGAAAAUGCACUUGCUCCCAGACAUACAGUCCGUGCAAGCAUCCAUGCACAGCUGAAGUCCUGAGGAUACAACUUUUUCACAGCUCGACUUUGUACAUUUCUAUUGGGUAAUUUUUUGUUAUUAUUGGCACAUUUUCUUUUAUGUGAUGAAAAUCCAAUUAAACACUAGUUUUUUUGCUGAAAUUAAUUGUUAAGAUUAAUGCUCUAUAGUUUUUGCUACUUAAUUUUGCAAGAUUCUGUAUAGUUAACUUGAGGAAAUUUUAGCAUGAUUCAAUGGUUAAACCAUUUUUCUGUUUACUUCCUUUU